GUAAAGCUGGUUUCAGAGCUCACCAUCCACAGCGCAGCCCAGGUUAGACUAUAGUAAAACUGCCUUUGGUAAAAUAAACACCUUAGAACUUUCGAAAGAGUUAGACAGUUUGACUACCUUGGAGGGAACACUGUAGGAUUUACAGCGUUACACGAAGGAAUCGGAAUAUAUCAGCAAACGGCAGCGAACAGGAAUAUACACCCUGGAAUAUAAUUUCUGGGCUACAACUCCAGAAACGAUACCGUGGUCGACAAUAAACAUUUUGGGAAUCUAUACAGGAUUGGUCCGUCCGUCUCUCAGAAGAACGCAGACCUCGUUGUGAUGGUACACCUCGCAGAGUCAGGAAGCGCUGUCUAGAUUGGACGAUGGUCCAGGAAAGGUCUUUGGAGCUCGAACACACCCCCGCGGCCGCGCUGGGCCAGGGGCGAGAGUGACGACCCCACGUUCCCCCGCAGCAUGGUGUAGCCGGAAAGCAGCGCAGUCAAGAUGAUGGCCUCCGUCAUCGCCGGCGGCAACCGGGACCGGCAGUCGCCCAUCCUGAGGGGGGUGGAUCCAGAGACCUGCAUGAUCGUGUUCAAGAACCACUGGGCCCAGGUGGUGAAGAUCCUGGAGAAGCACGACCCGCUGCGCAGCGGGAUGGGGUUCGGCGGGGGGAUGCGUUUCGGGCCCAUCCCGGGCGACGAGGCCAGCGCGGUGCAGAACUACGUGGAGCACAUGCUCUUCCUCCUGAUGGAGGAGGACAGCGGGCAGGCGGGCGCCAUGGGCCCCAUCCUGGAGUUCGUGGUGACGGAGAACGUGAUGGAGCAGCUCUUCCUCUGGAGCCUGAGGCGGGAGUUCACCGACGACAUGAAGGUGGAGCAGCUGAAGAUGUACGAGAUGCUGGUGGGCCAGUCCCGCCAGCCCCUCCUGCACCACAAGCCCAUCCUGCGGCCCCUCAUGAUGCUGCUGGGCUCCUGCGCCGGGGCCGGGGCCCCCGCCGUGGAGGCCGAGCUGGUGCUCCUGCUCAACCAGCUCUGCUCCAUCCUGGCCAAGGACCCCUCGGUCCUGGAGCUCUUCUUCCACACCAGCGAGGACCAGGGCGCCGCCAACUUCCUCAUCUUCUCCCUGCUCAUCCCCUUCACCCACCGCGAGGGCCGGGUGGGGCGGCAGGCGCGCGAAGCCCUCCUCUUCAUCAUGGCCUUGUCGGCCGAAAACCAGGUGGUGGCCAAGCACAUCGUGGAGAACACCUACUUCUGCCCGGUGCUGGCGACAGGGUUGAGCGGUCUGUACUCGUCCCUGCCCACCAGGCUGGCAACGCGGGGUGAGGACUGGCACUGCCUCCAGGUGGAAGACUGGCAGCAGAUUCCCGCUCUGGUGCAGUUCCUCAACUCCCUGGAGUUCUGCAGCACUGUCAUCCAGGUAUCCCAUUCCUCGAUCAAAAACCAGCUGGUGGGGUACAUUUAUAACGGAUUCCUUGUGCCUGUACUGGCCCCGGCUCUACACAAGCUGACGGUGGAGGAGGUGAUGACCACCACGGCGUACCUGGACCUCUUCCUGCGCAGCGUGACCGAGCCCGCCCUGCUGCAGACCUUCCUGAGCUUCGUCCUGCUGCACCGGCACGAGAACGUGCACAUCCUGGACACGCUGGUCAGCCGCAUCAACACGCCCUUCCAGCUGGGCACCGUGUCAUUGGCCCUGUUCCGCACUCUGAUUGGUUUAAACUGCGAGGAUGUGAUGCUGCAGCUUGUCUUGAGGUACCUGAUCCCCUGCAGUCACAUGAUGCUGAGCCAACGCAGGGUGCUGCAGGAGAGGGACUGCUACUCCACGUCCGCCGCCAAAAUCCUGAGCCUGUCCCCGUCCUGCUGCGCCCCGGAACUCCAGCUGGACCGCAUCCACUGGUCGAAAAGCCCGGACGGCCCCCACCAAGGAAAUACGGGUACGCCCCUCACUGUUCCAAUACGCAACACACUCUGUUGAAAGGAUGAGGAUGGCUCUGGGUUCUCCUGUGUCAUUGGGCCUGAGAUUCUCACGGACGUUAGCUACCUUCGGUAUCUGCAUGAUGCCCGUAUCUGCAUCACCGUCUGCGUCAAGGCGUGUCACGUGUGGUCAGCCCCGUACGACGGCGUGGACCCUCCCCCCAAACUUUGCCAGGGCAACCCCCUGGGUGAGUCGGGAAAGCCGUCCAGGAGGACGCAGAGAGCCCGCCCCUCCUCGGACCUGGGCUCCUCCGGGGAGCAGGUCAACCACCUGGAGCUGGAGUGGGACGACAGUUACGAUGCCGUCCUGCCCCCCGAUGAGGAGACCAGGCCCCCAGUUCCUGCUGAGCCACCAAAACACAUCCAGGAGAUGAGGAAGAACGCCAUCAUGCUCAUCAAGGGCUCCUACAUUGAGGAAUCCGACUUCCAGGAUGAUGUACUGGUCUACAACCUCAUCGCACAAAAGGACACCAGGGAUUUAGUGGAACACAGCCUGCCAAAGGCCCAGAGCACAGGGCCAGUUAAAGACCACCAGCAGGACGAGCGGCUGACUCAGGAUCAGCCCACCCAGCCGCUAAGCAAUGGUCUGAGCUCUCCACAGCACCCCCCAGUGGCGAAAGAGCAGAACAACAAUGCCUUUGACCACAAUUCCAAGCUGCACAUUCGGGCAAGCCAGACCAGAGAUGACUUCAUGUCCCAGUACUACGAGCUCAUCCGCGCUUUGGGGGCAGACCCAACCAGCCCGGUGAAAGGAGAGAGGCAGUUCCGUAAGCCGGUCAGCCCUGCGGAAGAGGACGAGGUGGACUUUACAUCAUUCGACAUCGACUCGCCAGAGCUAGAGAAAACUCCCUCGCCAUUUGGGUCAAAAAACCAGAGCGGGACCUGGAUGCAGGGCGCACCUUUCACAGGGCCGUUCAUCAGCGUGCUGCUGUCCCGGCUAGAGAACAUGCUGGAGAACUCCAUCCACGUGAACCUCCUUCUGACGGGCAUCCUGGCGCAGCUAGCCGCGUACCCCCAGCCUCUGCUGCACUCCUACCUGCUCAAUACCAACAUGGUGCUGCAGCCGAGCGUUCGCUUGCUCUACCAGGUUCUUGCGUCUGUGAAGAACCAGAUCGAGCAGAGGUCUGCAGCGAAGAAAGACUUCCCAGAGCUGGUGAGGGGCGUGCGGCAGCACAUGCUGGCCCGAGACGAUGCCCUCCGCAGCCGAGAGGUGCUGCUCUCGAACGGAGACUGGCUUCCCAACGGACCGGAGGACAGGAUGCCGCUCGUCGGCAGCAGGGUCACAAAGAACCUGCCGCCCCCUCCCAAGAUCCCUCCCCAGCUCCGGAACGGGGUGUUCGCUACGGUCCUCUUCGCAGAGUUCCUCAAAGAGCUGGCAGCCUUCGCUCAGGAGCACUCUAUACUCACACACACGCACCAGGAGGACUAGAGCUCUAAUCCAUGUGUGUGUGUGUGUGUGUGUGUGUGUGUGCGUGCGUGCGUGUGUGUCUCUGUUACUUCUACUUUUUAAUCUCUGGAUAUCUGAAUAUUUUUUUAAAGACUUUUGAAAUAUAUAUUUUUUAUCUCACGUUCCUGGCACUACUUGAUUACAAAGAUACCUCUUUGGUGAACUUCUAUUUUCUGUCUUCAAAAAGUUUUUUUCAAUUAUAUUUUUAUUUGAUUUUCACAAGGUUAAAAUAAGAUCACUGUAGACCAGCUCAGUGAAUUGCAGUUGUGUUCAGUUCCUCAGCAUAUAAAGGAACAAGGCAAGUGGGGAGGAACUAAAAGAUUUUUAAACACAAUAUAUAAAAUUCAGUUAUCUAUGGCAAAUGGAAGACAAUGUUUAAGGUAUCAUUCCGUAUCACACAUUACAUAGUUCAUGCGGGUUUUCAGAUUUUAAAAAGGGAUUUAUAUUGGGUGAAUGUCCUUCCUUGAACUGUCUAGACCACUCCUGUCCAAAUGCACCAGGUCAGGAAACGCCAUUAUUCAACACUACCCUUAAAACUGUUUCGGGUUUUUCCUCAUUUUUUGAGUGCAUUUAAUUAUUAUGCAUUUUACAAGCACAAGAGCACAAGUGUCAAUGUAUUGCUUCUUAUUCACUACAGAUGAGCCAGGGGAUAAGGCAGUUUGCAUCAAAAUAAAUCCUGUUGAGAAUGUGAUCUCAACCUAAUGAAAAUACUGUUUCUCAAGAUCACUUCUAUUAGUAUUUUCACAACUAGUAAUAAAGCGUGUUUACAAAAAAAUUCAGAGCCUUCCGUAGGGUAAUAACUGCUGCAAAUCCUCAAAGUUUUUGAUUUCCAGAAUAUUCACUGAGCAGCAGUAGUAGUUCAAAGUGAUCUGUGUUGUCAACAAUGCCUCCUGUUACACAGGGUUAAAUGCUCAGUGCUCUACAAUGACUUUGGAAAGCCCUUUAAAAUGUUAUGGAACAGUGAAAUAGUCAACAAUCCCUU